CCGUGUCCGCGCAGGGGUCAGAGGCCGUAGCGUCGAGAAAAGAUGGUGCUGCGCAGUGCUCGAGCCGCACCGUGCAUCAUGUCGCUGUCGCUGCUGCUGCUGCUGCUGCUAGGACUCGGGCCGGCGGCGAGCCACGGUAGCAAGUACUCGCGUGAGAAGAACCAGCCUGAGCUGGCCCCUAAGCGCGCGCCCGAGCAGGAGUUCCGCAUGGAGAAGCUGAACCAGCUCUGGGACAAGGCGCACAGGCUGCAGCUGUCACCAUCGCAGCUGUCGGAGCUGCACUCAGACCUGAAGCUCCAGGAACGGGAGGAGUUCAACUGGAAGAAACUCAAGGCCGAGGGUCUGGAUCCUUCAGGAGAGAAGGAGGCCACUCUGAUCCGAAGCCUCAAUGUUAUUGUGAACAAAUACGGGCUGGAUGGGAGGAAGAAUGCCCAGGAGCUGCUGAGCAAUGCCAUCAGUGACCACGCCCAGGAUGACAGCCUUGGGGAUCCCCGGCUGGAGAAGCUGUGGCACAAGGCUCUGUCCACUCAGGCCAAGACCUCGGGCAAGUUCUCAGACCCAGAGCUCGACAAGCUGUGGAGGGAGUUACUGCACCACCGUGAGAAGAUGCGGGAAUACAAUGUGCUGCUGGAGGCGCUGAGCCGGGAAGAGGAGUCCCACGAGAACUACAUCCAGCCGACAGGCGCAGACCUGGGAGCAGCAGCCCUGCAGAGUCGGCACGCAGCACUCAAGGAGCAGCUCCGGGUGCUGGGCCUGGGCAUGGAGCGGCUGCAGCGGAUCAGCCAGCAGGGCUAUGGCGCCCAGCAGACCGAAUUCGAGGAGCCCCGUGUUCUGGACCUGUGGAAUAUGGCCAAAUCGGCCAACUUCUCCCCAAGAGAACUGGAAUCUUUCCGGGAGGAGCUGAAGCACUUUGAGGCCAAGAUCGAGAAGCACCAGCACUACCAGCAGCAGCUGGAGAUUUCGCACCAGAAGCUGAGGCACAUGGAGAAGCUGGGUGACUCCGAGCACAUCAGCCGUAACCGUGAGCGCUUCACGCAGCUGGAGGACCGCACCAAGGAGCUGGGCUACAAGGCCCACUGCUGGUGACCACCACCCCACCCACAGGUGAAGAAGCAUUUCCAGGACCUGUCAAGCAGGAUCUCCAGAGGCCACAACGAGCUCUAAGCCCAUCCCAGCAUGGGGAGCCUGGAUCAGUACACCUUAGAUGAUGGCCCCCCAAAUACAAA